ACACCAUGCGGUAUCCUGGGGAAGAAACGCAUGAAAUAUUAAUUAGCAUUAAGCCUGUUUCUGGUCCCAGAUGAUUUCCUUACCCAGCUGAGCUUUCUCUGCAACACAUGCUGGCCUGGUGAUAAUGAUCUCAUGCUGGGGAUGCUUGAUUGACUCGGUACUUUCCUUUUGUUCAUCUCAUCAGUUUGUGGCCCUGCUUUUCAUGCUGUUUGUGUUUGCGUGCGUGCGUGGGAGUGAAAGGGGGUCUGUUGUUUACUGCUGUGCUGUCAGCACUCAGAGUUUCUGGACUGCGUGGGUUUAAACUCAUUGUGUCUUAUUUUUCAGAGAGCUUGUUUUCAUCACCCAUCUCUUUAGAAAAUAUGCAUGGCUUUUUUUAAAUCUUUCUCUCUCCCUCUGUGUUUUAAAGUUUAAUUUUCAAUUGAGGACACUUUUUUUAAUGACUGCACCAAAGAAGGUCCUAAAAAUUACAAUUAGGCUACAUCCAGCUUCCUGAAAUAAAUGAGGAUUUGGAGGACCAUGUCUCCUAAAGGGGAUGCCCCAUAUAGAGAGGAAGAGCAGAUGAAGUUUCAGCUCUCAACCCUCAGAGAUUUGUGGCAGCGCUCACUCUAGUAGACUCCCUGGUUCAGUUUUCUAUGAGGUCUUCAUCACUCUGCUGUAAUUUUUAAACAGGCUGUUUUACUGCAUUGAAUCAAAAUAUAUGAGCAAUUCUAAAACACAAAAGUUUGAAACAGGAAGUGUAGAUAAUGUUAUGAUUAAUGUAAACAUUUCAUGUUCUACAAGUCGGGACUUAAACUCGAGUCUUUUCUCAGCUUCUUCCAACAUCCACACAGCAUGAUUCUGCCACCACCACAUUUUGGUGUAUUCCAUAACAAAUCUGUCGUCUUUAAGCUACAAAAAGACAAAAUGUUAUCAAGUAUUUUCGGUCUAGUUUCUAGUGCAAAUAUCAUAGACUGAAACUAACUUACAACUAACGUUUUAAAAAGAUAUAGGAGCUUGUUUUAAGUCAGUUAUUUCUUAAUAUUGUUUUAAAAUGAUGUGCUACUUCCACUGGCAUUAUUUUAUUUAUUAUAUGAGAAAAUUGUCUUGCUGUAAGUGAAAUAUAAAUUUAAUUCAUUGUGUGAAAAACUAAAUGCUCUCUAAACAAAAUAAGUGAUUGUGCCACACGUCCAGGCUGGCAUCAAGUGUUUGCUGUGGAGGGAGACUGAUGUUAUUUUUCAUCAGGACUUCACACUUUCCAGAAUGCUCCACUUUUGUUUUUCGACAGUCCACAGAUAAACACUAUUAAUGUGGAAUAAAGUCUCAGGUCUCAAGCUAAAAAAGAAGUUUCAUAAAUAAAUGACUGAGAAUAUUUUUCAUUGUUUUUCAUUUGUUCGUUUUCCGCAUCCAGCUGUAGUGAAGCAGGAAAACCUUCUUCAUUGUCUCGCACCGUGUCGCUGCUUCCUGUCCCUUUUUCCGCUGUUGUCAAUAAACCAUAUGACUUCCUUCUCCUCUUCACAGUGCAGUCACAAGCGCAGCAACUGUUUAGGCCUGCUUACCCUGUAGUUCCUCUGGCAUCUGUGCUCUGCAUAAAUAUUUGUUUGCAUCAAUGGCGGUAUUGUACUGACUGCGAGGCAGUUGAAGGAGGCAGAGAAUGCCCCCAGCGGUGCGUGUGCUAUUGUUUUCCUGCUCUUCUGAGAGAUCCGGCGGCGCAGCCACACUGUGCUUCACCUCCCAGCUGGGCUCCACCCAUCCUGCUCUUUGCUUGUUGCCCCAGUCUCACCAUGCACCACUCUGUCCUACUUCUCUCCUCCUCCUCCUCUGUCACCGGCUGCUCUUUGUUUUCGUUUUUUUUCUCCACCUUUUGAGUUCUCCUCUGCCUCAGAGCCGCCUCCUCGUGUUUCCUCCGCGUAUGUCGGCUCAUUGCCUGACCUUCUUUCUCGUCUGUCCCCUGUCCACUGUUAAUGUUUUCCUCAUGAGGACUCUGCACCGGCUGAAGUUGAUGAGCUCGCCAAGCCUCAGUGAGCUCGGUAAGAGUGAGAAAAGUUCACCGGAGGACAGAGGGGAGAAGCAGAAGAGGGCCGGAGCCAACGCCACCUGGAACAGCAUCCACAACGCUGUCAUAGCAGUCUUCCAGAAGAAGGGCCUGGCCGAUAAUGAACUCUACACCCUGAAUGAAGGCGUCCGGCAUUUGUUGAAAACUGAGCUGGGUUCUUUCUUCUCAGAGUACCUCCAGAAUCAGCUUCUGACAAAAGGCAUGGUCAUUCUUCGGGACAAAAUAAGAUACUAUGAAGGCCAGAAGUUACUCGACUCUCUGGCAGAGACCUGGGACUUCUUCUUCUGUGACGUUCUCUCCAUGCUGCAGGCCAUCUUUCACCCAGUCCAGGGUAAGGAGCCCUCUGUCAGACAGCUGGCCCUGCUUCACUUCAGGAACACCAUCGUCCUGAGUGUGAAGUUGGAGGACGCGUUGUCUCGGCCGCGGGCCCGCGUGCCCCCCUCUGUCACGCAGAUGUUGCUCAUACUGCAGGGGGUCCAUGAGCCGCGCGGCGUUAAUGAGGAUUAUUUAAGACUGGAGUCUCUGGUACAGAAGGUGGUCUCACCUUACCUGGGCACCCACGGCCUUUACUCUGGAGAGGAGGAUGACGAUAACUGCUGCGUGUUUGACAAGCGUGUCCCGUGGGGCUGGCCCAAGUCUGCAGACCAGCCAUCCAAAAACCCCGUGGUACGAUCUAAGAGCUACAACAUCCCCCUGUUGCUGACCCCCGUGGCGGAGUACGACCCGGAUCCCAGCUUGGUCGGCAGCGGAGGGAUCCGCCGCCACUCGGCUUGUGAGAUUAUAUCAUGUCUGGAGGAACAGGGGCUGACCUACUCAAACCUGGCUCCAGGAUCUGAGCUGUCUGGUCCCUCCUCCAACAGACUCUGCGUGGGCUCCCAGUUUAAUGGGAUUAUACAAGCAGGCGCCGGUGCCAUGGACCUGGCCCUGUCCUCUCCUUCCAUCCUUCAUUCCUCAGGCGCGCUCCACGGCACGGAGGCCACCACCACAGUGACUGACCUCAGCAAGGGGGCGUCCUCCUCACCGCCCAGUGAAUCGUCCAGCCCUGAAACCAUAAUCGGACAAGUUCCGGGGUCUGCCGGGUCAGACUCGGAUGGGAUAUUUAUUGAGUUUCCUUCUCACUCUUCGGGUGGAAAGAGCCUUAGCCGCGAGAGCAGGCAGAGCACUGUGUAGCUGUGGUCCCCUUCAGGGACCCGCAGCGAGGGUGUGCGGGAAUAUUUUGGUGGAAAAUGGGACACAAAAUGAAUACAUUUCAGCAAAAGGGUACAUCUUCCAUUUUACUUUUAUACUUUCAAUGACAACUUUCUUCCAGUGUGGAUAUUAUUUAAAUUCUUCUAUGAAACCUUUAAGCAGCUCCGAAAAAAAAAAUCAGCAUGCAUGUCCAAGUUGACGUGAAGUGGUACUGAUGGCUGAAGAUGUGUUGAUCUGAAAUGAUGAAACCUUUUUACUAUUUAAAAAAAAAGUCCCAAGUCCUAACAAGAUGAUGCAAUCAACAAACACAAAAGAGCAUCUAAAUAACUUAAAAUGUUAUUGAAAUGUUAACUUAUUCCAAGAAUUCAUCUUAAAAAGUGAAACUUAUAUAUUGGAUAGAUUCAUUACACACACAGAGAUCUUCAAACAUUUAUUUCUGUUAAUCAAAUGAUUAUAGCUUACAAAUAAUGAAAACCCAAAAUACAGUUUCUCAGAAAAUAAUAGUGUUCAAGAUAACUAAAAUUAUUAGUUAUUGACACUUUCCACAAUGAGAGAGAGUAAUCCACAAAUGCUUAUUUUACAGAAGGUGAAAGUUUCCUUGUUCCUGCAUGCAAUUAUAUCAAUGGAAAGUUGAGUGGAAGGAAAAGUGAGGUAGAAACAGCUUCGGUUGUUAAAUCAGCUGUCUUCCUCAUGAUUAUGUAGAUCAUAACAUUUCCAGAAAACAGCUGCUAAGAUGUCUCAAAAGGAGCUUAGACCAAGUAUUACAAUAGUUAAUCUCCGUGUCCUGAAACACUGACUCCCUCUGAAUGUACUUUGCUUCACAAUCCUCUCUAGGCUGUGGUAGAUACUGUUGCUUCUGGAUCUUUUUAUUCCACGCCAUUUUUCCUUCCAUGUAGCGUUCCAUGUUUGCAUGCAGCACUCUGUAUCUUGUGCUUACCCUUCUUGUGGAAAGUGUCAGCGACAAUCCGCUGCCGUUCUGUCAAGUCAGAAAUCUUCGUCUCGAUUGUGUCGCUUUUAGGAAGACCUUAAUAUAAACCUCAUUUUUUUUCAUUGGCUUAUGUAAUUGUCGCAUUUUCAGAGAAACUAAAUUGUGAGGUUUUGUUAAUUGUAGACUGUAAUUAAUAAAAUUACACUGAUUAGUUUCAUUUUGAAGCUGAAAAAUUGAGAUUUCCUGUGAUUUUCUUUUUUACUGAGAUAAUCCGAAUUCAUCUGAGUGUCAAAAGCUCCAGUUGCACUAAUAAUCUUACUUCUUAUAGUCUGUGAGGAUACAGAGCAUUAAAAAAUGAAUCCCCUGCCAAUGACAAGGUAGUGCAUGUCGUUUACAACUAAAAAUAUAUUAGAAUGUCUUUUAAAAUCUAAUUUAUAAAUGUAACUACAUAUCAGUGAGGCACAGAGUAUCCUAAGUGGAUUAGGUAUGGAAGAUAAAGUAUUAUGGGACAAAUUGACACUGUUGAUUUCUUUUUCUUCUCGGAUGUUUUAUGGGAUUUGUUCAUUGUGGGGAAAAUAAAUAUUUCAAUUCAUUCAUUUCCUUUAUUUCAGUUAUUUGUUUUAGUUAUUCUCUUGCUUCCCUGGAGAAUAUGUACUUUAAAGAAAAAACCUACACAUUAUUUUUUGUUACAGGUUGUUUUGUAUUUGUGUACUCUGAUGAAGACUCUUUCAUAUUCCCUGUUUUCGCUCCUUUGUGUGCUGCUUGGGGGUCAAGAGGUUUUCUCGCUUUACAGCAGCGCUCCAAGCGCUUAAUGCAAAAUUAUUUUGUGACUGCAUUUGCUUUUUCUGCAUGGGCUUCGUGGUUCAAGGGAAUACAACAAUGUAUGUUUACAUUCAACAAAGAUGGAAACAUUUUCAACUGAAUGUUGUCUCACACUGUAUUUUGCACCACCACUAACAUGUAAAUAAAAAGUACGUUGUUGUUUUUUUUUUUUUUUUUAGAAAGCAUAGAUCGUGUACAGUAAACAUUUGUCCUAAAAGGAAUAGAUUUUUUUUUUAAAUAAGAACUUUUUAAAAUAAUCUUUUUCAAUGAUGUUUUACCUCAAAGCAUUUUGUACUUUACUUUUUGGACAAUCGAUGUCUCCCGAAUUGUACUUUGUAUAAAUUUGUUAUACUGGCCCCAUAAAAAUAAAUAAAUUUCAGUAAUAUCUAAAAAAAAAAAC